CUUGCAGAUUGAAAAUUCCAUUUCCAGACCUACAAAGUCAAUUGACCUUCUCCACAGUCUCUCUCGACCUACCGCCGCUAAUUCUGCUAACAAUGGCGGUCGGCGGCUGUGCUCUCUCAUCGGAUAACGUCGUCGUGAAGUCCCCUACUGACCGGCGUCUCUACAGAUACAUACAGCUCGCCAAUGGCCUCUGCGCUUUGCUAAUUCAUGAUCCCGAUAUUUACUCCAAUGAACCUUCGGCCAGUUCAAAGAUGGAAUGCAGCGAAGAUGAAGAUGAGGACGAAGAUGAGGAAGACGACGAAGAAGAAGACGAUUCGGAAGAUGAUGACAGCGCCGAGGAGGAAGAGGACGAGGAAGAUGACGAGGUGAAAGGAUUGAAAGACUCGGUGCAAAAGAAGGCGGCGGCGGCCAUGUGUGUGGGGACCGGAAGUUUUGCGGACCCUUAUGAGGCACAGGGACUGGCGCAUUUUUUAGAGCACAUGCUCUUCAUGGGGAGUACUGAGUUCCCUGAUGAAAAUGAGUAUGAUAGUUACUUGGCUAAGCAUGGAGGCUCGUCAAAUGCAUAUACAGAAACUGAGUACACUUGCUACCAUUUUGAAGUAAAAAGGGAGUUUCUUCACGGCGCUUUGAUGAGGUUUGCUCAAUUUUUUGUUUCUCCUUUGGUAAAAGCUGAAGCCAUGGAAAGGGAGGUGUUAGCUGUAGACUCAGAAUUCAAUCAGGCUUUGCAAAGCGAUUUGUGUCGCCUGCAACAACUGCAGUGCCAUACUUCUGCUCAUGGUCAUCCUUUCAAUCGGUUCUUUUGGGGGAAUAAGAAGAGCUUGGCAGAUGCUAUGGAGAAAGGAGUCAAUUUAAGAGACCAUAUUCUGAAAUUAUACCAUGACAACUAUUAUGGUGAAUCAAUGAAGCUAGUUGUUAUAGGUGGAGAGACUCUUGAAGUCCUUGAAAGUUGGGUUCUUGAAUUAUUUAGCAGUGUAAAGAAAGCACAUUUGGUUAAGCCAGAGACAAGCCUAGACAUUCCUAUUUGGAAAGCUGGCAAACUUUACUGGUUAGAGGCUGUUAAAGAUGUACAUAUCCUUGAUUUAUCUUGGACAUUGCCUUCGCUAAGAAAAGACUACAAGAAGAAAGCAGAAGACUACCUCGCUCAUCUCCUUGGACAUGUGCCUAAAAUUCAUAUGAGCAUGCUUAUGCCUGAGUCUUCAUGUCCACUCUUGACUGGGCGAAAUAACAUGAUUUCAGAGGGCAGAGGAAGUUUGCAUUUUUUCUUGAAAGCUAAAGGUUGGGCGACGUCUAUAUCUGCUGGUGUCAGUGAUGAAGGGAUGUACCGUUCUUCUAUCGCGUAUAUCUUUGGCAUGUCAAUAUACUUGACCGACUCUGGCUUGGAGAAGAUCUUCGAAAUCAUUGGCUUUGUGUAUCAAUAUCUCAAACUACUGCGUGAAGAUUCUCCUAAAGAAUGGAUAUUUAAGGAACUCCAAGAUAUUGGAAAUAUGGAAUUUAGAUUUGCAGAAGACCAACCUCAGGAUGAUUAUGCUGCGGAACUUGCUGGGAAUCUGCUUGUUUAUCCUCCAGAGCACGUUAUCUAUGGUGACUACGCAUAUGAAGUCUGGGACAAGAAUAUGAUUAAACAUCUUUUGGGUUUCUUUAGGCCUGGAAACAUGAGAGUCGACAUAUUAACCAAGUCUUUUGAGAAGUCUAACGAUAUCCAGCAUGAGCCAUGGUUUGCAUCGAAAUAUGUUGAGGAAGAUAUUCCACUGCAUCUGAUGGAUCAAUGGGAAGAUCCUCCUCAAAUUGAUUCCCUUUUACAUCUUCCCUCCAAGAAUGACUUCAUUCCACGUGACUUUUCCCUAUGCAGUGACAGGGCAUCUUGUCAUGCUGAGGAUGCAUCAUCUCCAAGAUGUAUACUUGAUGGACCUGGGAUCAAGUUGUGGUACAAGCUUGAUAAGACUUUUAAUCUUCCUCGUGCAAACACAUAUUUCCGUAUAAACCUAAAAGGAGGAUAUAGUAAUAUAAGGAAUGCUCUGUUGACUGAAUUAUUUGUAUUGCUCCUGAAGGAUGAGCUUAAUGAGAUUAUCUAUCAGGCCAGCGUUGCAAAAUUAGAGAGUUCAGUUUCUCUAUAUGGCGACAAGUUGCAGUUAAAGCUCUAUGGUUUCAAUGAUAAACUUUCAGUUCUCUUGUCUAAGAUCCUGGCAGUAGCUAAGUCUUUUUCGCCAAAGGAGGAUCGCUUCAGGGUACUGGUUAGCAUAUUUAAUGUUCUUGUGGCAUUUCCAAGAAAGGAAAAUAUGUCAAAUUUUCAACUUCCGAAGAAUGGUUUCAUUUCACAACCUUCUGUUGUUAAAGAAGAUCUUGAGAGGACUUUGAGAAACACCAACAUGAAGCCUCUAAGCCAUUCUUCCUAUUUGAGACUGCAAGUUUUAUGUCGAAGUUUCUGGGAUGUGGAGGAAAAGUUGUGCUUGUUAAAUGAUGUCUCCCUUUCCGAUUUAAAGGCUUUCAUUCCUGAUCUUCUUUCGCAGUUGUACAUUGAGGGCCUUUGCCAUGGGAAUUUGCUGGAAGAGGAAGCUAUUCAGAUAUCAGACAUAUUCAAAAGUAAUUUCUCUGUGCUGCCACUUCCACUUGAACUGAGACACAUGGAGCUUGUAAUGUGUCUUCCUCCAAGUGCGGACCUCGUUAGAGAUAUAAGAGUGAAAAAUAAGCUAGAAACAAACUCAGUGGUAGAGCUUUAUUUUCAGAUUGAACCAGAAGAAGGAACAAAGUUGAUUCAGUUAAAAGCUCUUAUAGAUCUUUUUGAUGAAAUAGUUGCUGAACCACUUUUUAAUCAACUGAGGACAAAGGAACAACUUGGUUAUGUUGUUGACUGUGGGCCAAGAGUCACAUACCGGAUUAUAGGAUUUUGUUUCCGGGUUCAAUCUUGUGAAUAUAACCCGGGCUACUUACAAGGGAGGAUUGAGAGCUUCAUAAAUGGCUUAGAAGAGAUGUUGAAUGAGCUUGAUCAUGAUUCAUUUGAGAAUUAUAAAAAUGGUUUAACGGGAAAGCUUCUCGAGAAAGACCCAUCUCUUUUAUAUGAAACAAAUCGUUUCUGGGAUCAAAUAACAGACAAAAGGUAUAUGUUUGACUUGUCCGUAAAGGAGGCUGAAGAACUAAAAGAUAUUCAGAAGGGAGAUAUUAUUGAUUGGUACCACACUUAUUUAAGGAAACCUUCUCCCAAGUGUCGUAGGCUUGCUGCUCGUGUGUGGGGCUGCAACACGGACUCGAAAGAUGCAGAUCCAAAAGACGCGUCUCGGCAGGUUAUUAAAGACCUUGAAAGUUUCAAGAAAUCUUCUGAGUUCUACCCAAGCCUUUGCUGAUAGUAAAAUCUUCAUUGGUUAACCUAAUUGGCUCUGAAUUCAUCUACAACUUCAUCCACCAUAUGCUUUGAAAUCAGGUGAUGAUUGGAGAUCAAUAGACAGCACUUUUCUUGUUGUUCUACUUCAAAGUUUUGCCUUUUUGCCUUUUUAUUUAUAGUGAUGAUAGUUGAGUUGACUAAAUUAAUAAUGAAUAUAUACUUUUACUAGUCCCAUAGACAUUAUUUUUUAUGUGGAUUACAUUGUUUAUUUAUUUUUGGAUGAUAUGCAUUUGAAUGGAACAAUUUGAAAUGAAGAAUGCACCGUAGUGGCAUAUUUUGUGUGAGAUGCCCUUUUAUCAUCUUCUGAAGCGAUGGACUUCAGUUCAUAUUCUUACGUUCA